AUGCCCAACGCCUCUUCCUGGAGUGCUAGCUCGCCUCUGCUGCUGCUCUGGGAGGACUCCUCCGGGACCCGCAUCUUCCUGUCGCUGCUCUAUGCAAUCUUAGCUAUCUCAGGGACUUUAUCCAAUGUAAUGGUCAUCUAUUUAGUCUUCUCCUUCAAGAAGCUGCAGACAACCAGUAACGCCUUCAUUGUGAACGGCUGUGCGGCAGACCUAAGCGUGUGCGCCCUGUGGAUGCCCCAGGAGGCUGUGCUGGGGCUGCUGCCUCCCAACUCCUCCUCCCUUCGCUCGGCGGAGUACCGGCUGCUCCGAGGGGGGCUCCUCAGCCUCGGCCUCACCGUCUCCCUGGCCUCUCACCUGCUGGUGGCCUUCAACAGGUACGUGCUCAUCACCAAGCUGCCCAGCGUGUACCAGGCCCUCUACCAGCGGAGGCACACGGGCUGCAUGAUCGGGCUCUCCUGGGCCCUCGCCCUGCUCCUGGUCCCGCUGCUGCCUGGGCUCUGGACCCCGGGGACAUACAUGUACCUCAUGAGUGAAGGGCAGGAAGGAGGUGGAAAACAAGGAAGUGACUGGUCUCCAUUUUCCCAUAGUCAAGGAUCGACAAGUGCCUUGGAGAGCUGGGUGAAAGCUCUUCAUCCCAGCUGCUUCCGUAAAGCAUCAGAAACUCUGCAAGAGGCUUUCUUAGACGUCCAGUGCGCAUCCCAAGGAGAUCUCUCAUGA